AUGGGGCAGCUGCUGGCAGCUGGGGCUGGUGUGGGUGCGACGGAUGGGAACAAGAAUACUGCACUGCACUGGGCAGCCUGGGGGGGUCACGUGGAAGCGGCGAGCUGUCUGGUGGGGGCUGGCGCGGAGGUGGACGCCGGGAACUGGGUCCAGAACACGCCGCUCCACUGGGCUGCAUGGGGCGGUCGGCCGGCCGUGGUGCGGCUGCUGGCGGCGGCCUCUGCAGACCCCAGUGCCAGGAACGUGGACGGGGACACGCCGCUGCACUUCGCGGCAGAGCACGGCCGCACGGAGGAGGCGAUUGCACUACUCGACGCAGGGGCUGACAGCGCGACCAGGAAUGACAAGGGGAAAACCCCAGUGGACCACGCCAGGCAGUUCAACCACCAACACUGGAUAGACAGGAUAAGACGACACUAG